UGAGCUGUGGGGAGAAAUCUCUUGAUGCUGGUCGAGGUUUUGCCAGUUCAUACCCGAGAACUAACGUUUUGUGUUGAAAUGAGGUUUUGUCUCUCAGGGCUGCUGUUUGGCACGGCCUCAGACACCUGCGGUAGGCAGCAUUGUAGGAUCAGUGAUGGAGAAACUAAUGGGAAGAUCUCAACUGCCAGUUCAAAUGACUUCAGUGAUCCAGUUUACAAAGAAAUUGCUAUGACCAAUGGUUACAUCAACAGAAUGACCAGAGAGGAGCUCAGAAGUAAACUUGCAGAGUUCAAGCUUGAAACCAGAGGAGUGAAAGAUGUGCUGAAAAAGAGACUGAAAAACUAUUACAAGAAACAGAAGCUGAUGCAGAAGGAGCCCAUUAAUGGAAACAGCUGCUAUGACUACAUCUGCGUUGUUGACUUUGAAGCAACAUGUGAAGAGGGAAACCCACCUGAAUUCACACAUGAAAUAAUUGAGUUUCCAAUUGUCUUACUAAACACGCAUACCCUGGAAAUCGAGGAUACCUUUCAGCAAUAUGUGAAGCCAGAGAUUAAUCCCAAACUUUCAAACUUCUGCAUCAAUCUGACAGGAAUCACCCAGGACAUUGUUGAUAAAGCUGAUACAUUUCCUCAGGUUCUGCAGAAUGUUGUAGAGUGGAUGAGACAGCGAGAACUGGGGACAAAGUAUAGCUACUGCAUGUUGACAGAUGGAUCUUGGGAUAUGAGUAAAUUUUUGAAUACCCAGUGCCGUGUUAGCCGUAUCAAAUACCCUUCUUUUGCCAAAAAGUGGAUCAAUAUUCGCAAAUCAUAUGGGAACUUCUAUAAGGUUCCUAGGAACCAGACCAAGCUGACCAUCAUGCUUGAAAAGCUGGGCAUGAGUUACGAUGGGAGACCUCACAGCGGCCUUGAUGACUCUAAAAACAUUGCAAGGAUAGCUAUCAGGAUGCUGCAGGAUGGCUGUGAGCUGCGGGUGAAUGAGAGAAUGCAUGCUGGGCAGCUUAUGAGUGUCUCCUCUGCAGUCCCCUUAGAGGGAGCCCCUGCUCCACAGAUGCCCCGCUACAGGAACUAGCAGUUCUGCCUCAGGAACUGCUCUCAGAUACCUGCUAAAGACUGUUAAGAGCUUAUUAAACGGCCACCUCUGCCAACCUGUCUGCAGUGCAGAACCUGAUAGCACCUUAACUAAUCAUCUCUGUUGAAAUAAAGAGCGGUGUGGAAGCUCUUUGCUGAUGGAAGCCUGUCUUACAGCAUUUUUUUUUUUUUUAUAAUGAUGAUUUUUUUGUUGUUGUUUGCAACUUUUCUAGCAGUAAGGUUGAUAUGUGGAAUCCAGCCAAAGUGUUAAGCUUUUAAGAAGGUGUAAUUUAAACACGUGCAAAGACAGAUUGGGCUUGUGUGCUGCUGUUCCACCCCAGCCUGUGGGUAGUAUUUAUUCCCUAUGCCGUGCUGCAGUGUUAUCUGGCAUCUGAUUAUUCAUUGCACGCAAAUAAGACAUUGCUGGAAGAACUGAAAUAGCAAGUGGUCAGGCUGGCCUUUCCCGACAAGGCACUCUUCUAAGGGUUCCUGCUGGUAAUUUUUAAUUUUUAUUUUUUUUUUAACAAAGUCUAGGAGAAAUGGGAGCAUGUUCAUCAAUUCUAAAGCAGUAGAGAAAUACUGUGUUGUUUGGAUUUGUUUUUUUUUUUCUUUAAGGGAUAUGUUUGUCUGCUUCCACAUCGAAUAGAAGAGCUGUGUAUUGAAUAAAAAUUCCAUUAAUGCAGUAUGAUAGUUUUUUUUUUUUAACCUGUAUUUAAAAAGAGAAGGUUCUUCAGAUUUUCACUUUGACGAUUGUAUCUCCUAUUUUUCCUACGUUCAUAGCUGCAUUUCAUUUAAUGUCACUUCUAGAAACUGUCAGCCAUUUGGACUUACAAAUAAGUGAAGUAAAAAUAAGUUAAAAACAUGCCAAAUCGUCAAAAUGUUGUGCUCUGUGGUUGUUACAUAAAACAAGAAGCUUCUAGCUCAUAAAGACAUGUUCAACUAUUUUUGGUACCUUCCUGUACCUCUGCCACCAUGAAGCUAUGCCUUUAUCUCAAAAUCUAACAUUUGAAGUUUAAUGUAAUUUUAUUAGUAAAGGCCAUAUCUAAUUAUUAGCAACUUGUGCUUUCUUCCUAGACCUCAGAUAAAAUGGUAUUCAAAAGAGACCAAAGUAUUGAUUUGCUUGGUCUCUAUGGGCUGUUAUGAAGUACAACAUUAAUGUAAUCAGCUUUGCAUUAGAAUUGGUUAGAAUUGGUUGUUCUGAAAAGCGGAAUGAUGUAUUUUGGUUGCUCUUGGUCAGAACAAACAAGUUCAUUUGGUAUCCCUGUAUUGUAAUUAAUUCAUUCUUUCUGCCACUUACAUUCAGGAAACAAUAUAACCUAGUCAUGAUAAAGCCUUGUUGAGCACAUUCACUGUUUGGCUGAUCAAACUCCUCCCAGCUCCCCUCACUCUUAGGACUGUUUGAUCAAUGAAAGCAUGAAAACUUCUAUUUUAAACUCAUGUGAGAGGAAGAGCUAUUGGUCGAUUCAUAUGUAGGAAGGAAGCAGUUUUUCCAGAGUCACAGAUUUGGACAGCUGUAAGAGCUUGCUUGUUCUACUUGUAGAGUUUUGUUGAACUUCAGUUUCCUUUCUUUCUGUAGCAGUACUCAAUUUAUUAUCAGAAGGGUGAAAUCCAAACCUCUGAUAUGCUUACUUUGAAAAUACGGCUUAUUUGCCAGCCCAUAUUUUGUACAAAAUGUUAAUUGCAUGUUUGUUUUUCACUUUAGCAACCAUAGUAUCCUCUUUUCUGAAGAACCACAGUAAUUUACUUUUGUCUCUGAGUUACUCUGGUGCCCGUUUCUAUGAUAAAAUUGAGUCUGGCUCAGCAGAUCUCCCCUGGGAUGCUGGCAGUAUCAUAGACUUUGUCACUGGUCUUUUAUUUACAGGUCUGUAACCAGGCUCACAGUCCAAUGAAAAACUUUAUUUGUUAUAGAUUAUACUACAGGUUUCAUAAGUGAAGAGCUCUUGUAAUUUUACAUCAUUUAUUUUAAGUACGGAGUUCUUUAUUUUUGUUAAGUAACUUCAAAAAGAUAUUUUGAGAUAAGGGUUAAAUAUUAAUAGUUAUUUUCUGUUUCCUGCUUGAGUAGUUUUUUUUAUCAGUGAGUUGCAGAAAUCAGUAGAAUCAUUCCAGAUACUGUUUUACCUAAGUUGAGUCAAUGUCAAAUUGUAAGCUGGCACUGUUUUCACAGAAUGUUUGAUUCUGUGAUUCUGAGAUGAAGUGAACUUUACCAAUGUUUGUUGGUUUACUUGAAAUGUAAACAAACUUAUUAAAAUAAGUUGGUAUUUA